AUGAAUCCUCCUCGACUUCCCGUCCCGAAGCCUCGAGCUCGUUACGUGAGGGACAGUCUGAGCUCCGCCUCCUCUCUGGACAGAGAUGUGAGCGAUGAAAGUCUACAACCAGUUCUCUCUAAUGGAGUUCACCUGAGCACAGGUGAAGAUGCUGUUCCUGGUGGGUUCCCGACUCUGGCCGGCGUCACCGACAUCAUCGCCAACAGCAUCCCGUCAUUGGCUGGAUUCGCCACCUCAGUCAGAGGCUUGGCCACCUCGGCCCCGCCCUCCAUAGACAGCAUGGCUAACAGCAUUGCCGCCCACAUACCUAGCUUAGCAGGAACUGCUAGCACUGUGGCUAACCCGGCUGCUACAACAACCGUAGCCUCCACCGCUGCAGCUGCACCUGCUGCUAAUACUGUUAGCUUAGACAGCAUCAUUAACUCGUUAUCUAACAUUCCCAGUUUAGCUGGGAUUGUUAGCAGUGUGGCUAACCCUGCUGUUAGCUCCAUGACGACCCCGGCCACCCCGUCAGCCCCACCCACCUCAGCUGAUAAACCCCACCCCCCCUCACUGCCGAGGAUCGAAGCCACUUACACAGAUGUUGGAGCGUUGUUGCAGCUGGUGAUGUCCACUUUAGACCCAAAUACAGGAGUCACAUUACCCCCACUAGAGGAAGCUGCUGAGCCAGCAGAGGAAGGUACUGAAGGAUCUCCUCACACCAUCAAAGAAGAAACCCCGUACGUCACCAUGUUGGCUUGUUGGGCGAGCCAAGAGGAAGCUGACACUGACUCGUCCAAUGAAGAGGAAGAUGCAGGAGCUAGUCACGCCCCCUCUGGUGCCUAUGGACCAAUGGAGGGAGAUCCUGUAUCCAACCCAUCUUCAAAUACCACCAACCUCCCGUCCAAUCCUUCAGGUCGUCUGAUCCCAACUCGGCCCCCCCCGCCCCCCCCUCAAACUCCUGGCAAAUCGAAAAAGCCUCUGAAACAGAAGAUCCCGAGAGCGGCCACUAUUCGAGUGUCCAGGAAGAAGGGCGGCAGUGGGAGUUCAACUCCACAGAGUGCCGUGGUCCGAUCCAGCUGGCUGGAUGUCUGGAAGGGCUUCAGACACAAUGUUUUAUGGGCGACUUUGGAUGGACAGCUGAUGUCUCUUUGGAAAAAACGCACAGACCGGUUCAGCGAAUUGCUCUUUCACGUCUCCAGCAUCACUAACGUGAAGAAACAGGACAAAGGCCGAUUCUCUGUUUACUUCAGGAAGAAGCAUUAUGACUUCAUGGCUCAUAGUGACGAGGUUCAUGGAGGUUGGGUCACGUCUCUGCUAGCAUCUCGAGGCCAGCCAAGUCCCGUCCCCCCAGAACUUCACGGACAAAUCACCAUCAAGGACCCCCGGAGCCGCGCCUACGCCGCCGUCUGGGGUCAUGACCUCUGGAUUUACCCCAACAAGGAGGGCUUCCAGCUGGGCGUCGCCUCCUUCUCUGUCCCCCUGAACUUGGCCACGGUCAAAUCUACGGGAAAACACUCGUUUGCCCUCAUCACUCCAUACAAGAGCUUCAACCUGUCUGUUGAUUCGUCGAAGGAUCUGUCCGUCUGGUUGGACAGUCUGUCCUCAACUAUUCGCAGCGCUCUGUCCAGCAGCCAGGUGGCACUGCGCAUCUGGGAAAGCCCCGACAACAAAGUGUGCGGUGACUGCUGCGCUGCCAACCCUGAGUGGGCGUCCGUCAACCUGCUGCUGGUCAUCUGUCAGGCCUGUGCAGGAAAACAUCGAGCUCUUGGCAGCAGCCUGUCAAAGGUACGCAGUCUGAAGAUGGACAACAAGGUGUGGACUGAACCACUCCUACAGCUGUUUGUUACCUACGGUAACUGGUUGGCCAAUCAAGUGUGGGCUCCAGCGGUGCCGGCGGCGGAGCAGCUGUGUCCCGGAUCGUCUGAUGAGGAGAGGUCCAAGUUCAUCCAGGACAAAUACAGCAGGGCGCGCUACAGACGAGUGCACGCUCUGACCUCUUCACUCGCUCUGAUGGACCAGAGGCUGCGUCAGGUGGUUUGUGGAGACGACGUAGAAGAAGCGAUGUCUCUGAUCUGCUCAGGAGCAAAGGUGUGCCAGUCUGACCCUCAGAGCCCCUCCCCCAUCCUGUUGGCUGAGAGGGCCAAUCAGGCUCUGCAGACGGAGCUGCUCCGCCUCAACGAGUACACAGAAGUCCCGCAUCAUCUGCCUCAGGCAACCAAUCGGAGAGCUGAUCCCGCCCCCUCAGGUGAGGAAGAGGAGGAGCUUCACGGUAAACUGGAGGCAGAUCGUUUUCUCUUCUCGUUAGAAAACGACUCGGCGGCGUGUGACGUCCUCGACCUGCGAGAAGUUCUGUCGGUGUUCGUCAAAGACAAACCAGCGCAUCAGUUUGAGAUGGUGACUCUGAACGAUCAGCUGAUCUGUGCUGCUGACAGCCAGGAGGUGCUGCAGAGCCACCUGCUGCACAUCCUGAAGGUGAUUCUCCCAGGGGGUGUGUCCUAUGCAGAGGUGGGUGGGGCUUCUGCAGUCAGUCGAGUGGGUACCGUUGAAGUUGGUGGGGCCUCGAGUCACUCUGACGCGUGGUUGUUGCUGUGGGAGGAUGGAGUCAGUGUUCAUCCCGUCCACAGACACACACAACAGACUCUGAGGAUUGAUCUGAGCGCUCUCAGUCACCACGAAAUGGAUCCUUGUGAAAGCAUCAUCACCAUGGUGACGGCAGACAGGAGAGUGUCGUUGCGGUUCGAAGAGCAGCACAGCUGUCAGUCUUGGUUCAACCACCUGCAGAGCGCUUUGACCAAUCAGAGCGCAGCUCCACAGUGUCCUCCUGCAGCCAAUCAGAGCGCAGCUCGUCAGUCUCUGUACCCGGUGAUGGAUGUGAAUUCGAGGGGUUCGGUCCCGCCGGCCAUCGAACGCUGCAUCUCCCACGUCACAAAUUUCGGCCUGAAGGUGGAGGGCGUGUACCGGCGCUGUGGCCUCGCUGCCAAAGUCAACCGAUUGGUGGAGGUUCUGAUGACAUCACCGAGGACCGCCCCUCUGGAGAGUGAUGAGCAGGGGGUUCUGGACGCUGGCUCCGCUCUCAAACAAUGUGUCCGCCAGCAGGAGAGUUUGAUCCCCGACAAAGACCGGCAGCAGUGGGUACACGCCGCAGGGAUUUCAGAUGAACGCUCCAGGUUUUCAGCAUACCGACGGUUGCUGCAGCAACUUCCUGACGACAACCUAGCCACACUGAACGCACUGUUUGGACACUUCUACAUGGUCCAGAUGUUCUCUCAGGUGAACAGGAUGUCCGCUCAGAACCUGGCGCUGGUUCUGGUCCCGACUCUGUUUCAGACUCUGAACCAGGAUCUGAUCAGACUCACCAGAGAGUUCAUCAUCCACCACAUACUGCUGUUUCUGACGCCUGAGAGCGAGGAGGAGGAGGAGCAGGAGCAGAUUACCGUCUUCUGAAAAACCAGACGUCUUUCUGUCACAUGAACAACGUUGUUUACGAAUGAACUCUUUUAAAAACUAUUUUUUCAUCCUUUAGUUGUUUUAAGGAAGAUAUUAAAGUAUAACUCAUGAUCAAACUAUUUAAAUAAAGUAUUUACUGUUAAAUUUCGAUGUAUUUCUCCUGUUGGUCAAAAUGAAUGUUUACUGCAAAGAAUAAAGUUUAAUUUCCUCGA